CAAAUGAUUCCUUAAUAAUUUGCAAUAUUCUAAAUGUUUUAUCUUAAUUUAUUAAAUUUCAUACAAUAUAAUUACUGUUUACAUGUGUAAUAAAAUAUUUUGUAGUAAAUUAAAGAUACAAUUAUAGAAGAAUAAUAUAAAUAAUAUUAUUGCAUAAUUCAUUAAUUAUAAAAAGUCAUUAAAUUUGCUAGUGAGAUUGUUUUAUUAUUACUAAUGAUUUACGAAUGUCGAUAUCAUACUAAUAUUUAUACAAAUGGUUAUUUAAAAAUAAUAAAGAAAGCUAGGUGUUAUUGAUUAUGAUAAACGAAGAUUACUUUUGAAAUGUAAACAGAUCUUAUAUAAUUGCAAUAAUGAAAGAGUUUGUGUAAAUGUUACAAUGGCAAUAUAUUAUAGACAAAUGAUUCUUAAUGCGUCGCGACUGGUGGGAAAACAUAUAAAAUUAAAUAAUAAUUUAAGAACUAAUAUACCAAUAUUUACUUAUAGUUUUCCUAUUAAAAAUUUCAAAUAUUUAUAUGAAUCAAGGAAUAGAAGUUAUAAUAACAAUAAUAAGAAUGUUAACAUAACUCAUUAUUAUUUUCUUUUAAAUAGUCUAUUUUUUGGUUUUUUUAAACUUAAUGAAGAAGAUGAAGAAAUUUCAGAACUUAUUAUAACAAUUAAACGCUCAAUAUUAUCAAUGCAGAGAAACGAAUUUAAAAAGGCAGAACAAAUGUUACAUAUUGCUUUGAGACAAGCUCAGGCUUUACAAAAUCAGAAUGCUAUUACUUACAUUUAUGAUUUGAUGGCUAAUGUUGCAUUUGAGACUAAACAAUUGAAAAAAGCAGAAACUCUAUUUUUGUUGGUUUUGGAAAGAUUAUUAUCCAAUGGCGUGACACAAGAUGAUUUGAAAGUCAUACAUAUUAGUUUAAAGUUAGCAAAUAUAUAUGAACAAAUAGGAGAUAUAGAAAAAGCUGAGACUGGUUAUAAAUUCUGUUUGAAAAAUCUACAAAUUCAUGUAGAUAAUAAUCCUGAGGAUGAAAAUAUAUUAAUAUUAUUAGCUAUGACUUAUGAUUGGUAUGCACAAUUGCUUUUUUCUCAAGGAAAAUAUACAAAUGCUCGUGAAUACUUUGAACAAUCUUAUAACUUGUGUAUUAAAGUAAAUGGUACAGAGCACGAGCAAACAGUGAAUCUACUUAAUUAUUUAGGGACUGUAAGUUGCAAAAUGGAAGAAUAUGAUAAAGCAAUUGAAUAUCUAACUACUGCCAUACAAAUAGGGAAAUCAUUGCCAGAUAUGGUUCAUUUAGGUUCAGUUCAUAUUAAUUUAGGAGAUGUCUAUUUAAAAAAAGGUUUAUAUUCUGAAGCAAAGAAAGCUUGCAAUGAAGGUCGAAAAAUAGCUAAAAAUAGAGAGGAUGAGAAAUCUCUAGUAGAAGCUAAUAAAUGUCUUGACGAUAUAAAGAAAUUAAUGUGAUUAUAAUUAAUAUUAUUUUAAAAGAAAUCAAUGUUAUAUUAUAAAAGUUAUAUAAAAUUUGUACAAGGACAACGAUGUAAAUAAUGAAAAAUAGAAACAAUUAUUAUGUUUAUCCAAGAGAACUUUAAUUCUAUUAGUGUUAGAUUAAAUGUUCUAUUCUAUCUUUGUAACUAUAAUAUUUAUUAGACUUACUUUUAAUCAUUAUAUAAUAUAAUCUAAAAUGUGUGUGAAAGAAAGUAACGUUUGAAUAUCUUAAUUAUUCCACAAUCAGAAAAAUACAACCAAAGUUAAAGUAAAAUAUUUUUCUACUUUACAAUUUUAAUUUCUAUAAUUUGCAUAUAUUUAAAUACAAUAUAUCGCAAAGAAAUUCUGUUAAUUUCUCGUAUAAUAUUUAAAAAUAUCUAUAUCUAAUUAAAUAUUUGAGGUACAAUUUUUAAUCUAACAAUUCUACAAAUUUGUCAAUAUUACUUAAUCUAUCAAUGUAGUUGAAUAAUAUAUAAAAGUACCUGAAUACGCUUCGUACAAUUAAUUCUUCAUUCUGUUUAUUGCAUGCAACUCGGGAGAUACAUAAUUUAUUUGUAAGGAUUGCAAAUGAUAAAAUGACGGAAUGAAAAAUUUCAA